GAAUCGGGCUAUUCCGCCCAUCGAAUCUACUCCACCAUUCAAUCAGGCUGUUCUAUUUUUCCACCUCAACAACAUUCCCCUGCCUUCUCCUUGUAACCUUUGAUGCUCUUCUAAUCAUCAAUCUAUCAAUCUCAGCUUUAAAAGGACCCACUUAUUUCCUUAGCUUUGUUUUCAAAACAAAGCCAAGAGAGGCCUCGUACUGGUUCAGGAAAUCAUAUAAUCUUUGUAUCCUUAAAAUUGACACAACAUGCUAGAGUAACUCAGUGGACCAGGCAGCAUUUCUAGAGAAAAGGAAUAGGUGACCUUAAAUGCUCCAAAGAUGCUCCAGCAUUUUGUGUCUAUUUUAGGUAUUAACCAGCAUCUGCAGUUCCUUCUCUGCCCUCAUUGUUCUUGUUUUAAAAUGCAAUUGAAUCGUUAAACUUUCUUUUUGCCUCCCUCAAUGAAGUGAUAGAAACUUUGCCAAUGUACUUCGAAGAUGCUGCCUAACCUGCUGAGUUACUCCAGUGCUUUGUAUUCAUUUGCUGUUCCACGUGUAUCCAAUUUGCCCAGACUUGCCAGUAAAAUUCCCUCCUGCAAUUCUAGUUACUUAAAGCCAGGAUUUUGUAAGCCUCUGUACUAAAGCCAGUCAGUGGCUAUAAACAAGUAGUAGCACGUAGUGCAAGGCGUUUCUGGUUCUAUUGUAACAUCUGUACGGCAGCUUAACCUGCAAUGUUAAGGCAUUUCCAAACAGGUUAUUGAUGGGAAAGUGCAGGAAUAUUGUAUUGAGAUGGAGAAUUAGCCAGGACAAUAUUGAAAGUGUGUGGAAUGAGCAGCCGAAUGAGAUAGCUGAGGCAGGGACUAUCACGAUAUUUAAGAUGCAAUUAGGCAGGUACAUGGAUCGGACAGGUUUGGAGGGAUAUGGCACAAAAGCACGCAUGUGGGACGAGUGUGAGAGAUGAUGGUUGGUGUGGGCAAGUUGGGCCAAAGGGCCUGUUUCCUUACGGUAUGACUCAAUGAAAGUUGGAGGUAACUGGAACAGCCAAUUGACAUACACUUCUUCCCAUUUUUGUAAGGUUUUUAAGGCCAAUUUCAGUUUUGAGAUGUUAACAAGAUGUUAGAUCUUGUUUACCUCUUGGUUGGAGGGCGUUGAUUUUUAAGCAUUCUGUUUAAUUCCUUCCUGUUCUUGUAGUGGGGUGAGAUGGGGACCUGCUUGCCUCCUGCUCUCCCUGACUCUGAUUACAGCACGAAGCUUGCCUCACGCAGAAAUGAUUCAUGUUUUCUUUCCCAGGUGUUUGGUGUUGAGCUUCUGUGGAUAGGUGCUGCCAUCCACCUGAACCUCUACCCUCUCUCUUUACUGGUUGGUAAAUCGAUUUCAGAAGUCCCUGCCAUGCUCGUUAUUGUUGGUGUUCUGAUAUUUUUCAUGGCACUCUCGGGGAUUGGUUCCGUUGUGAAGGAAAGCAUCAUGGCGAUGAAAGUGUUUCUGAUUCUGAUGAUUCUGAUUUUUCUUGUGGAAAUCAUGGUUGAAUUGUCUACCUAUAUCUUCAGGAGCCAGGUGUACAGUAACCUAAACAAUGACAUUGAGCAAUCUUUUCAAGACUAUGAUGAGAUAUCCACACAAGGACUGUUAGAUCAACUGCAAAUCAAGUUUCGUUGUUGCGGUUCUAACAAUUAUACAGACUGGUUGAAGGCUCCGUUUAGCCAGGAAACCAAGUCUGUUCCAAGGAGCUGUUGUAUCAAUAUCACAGAAUCUUGUGGAAGAGUUAUUUCCAACCAGACGUCAAAUAUCCAUUCCAUGGGCUGUACUGAAGCAAUAUCAUCUUGGAUUGAAGAGUACUUUUUAAUUAUUCGAGGAACCAGUGUCUGCUUUGCAUUUGGACAGGUUAUUGGGAUUUUCGUUUCGACUUUGUAUAUAAAGAAGCUUAAAGACAUCUACAUACCGGAUUACUGAUUGAAGAUCAUUGGUACUGAACUAUCUGGAUGCUUUAUUUAUGCUUUUGUACAUCAAUAACACUGCAGUGCUCCAGUGCUGAAUCUGAGAGUUUAGAAUAAUCUGCUGGUCAAAUUUUCAGGUUGUGCUAAAUGUGUAACAUAUGUGUUCUCUGGUUAAGUUGGCACUAAUACUAUUGUUAAAUGAGUAUUAUUGAAUAGUUUGUUUACAGUUUGUAUAAAUCUGUAAUGAUUUGUCAUAAAGGUUAAAUAAAUGGAAAAUAGAAAACUUGCCCUUUGGACAAGCAGAACUUUACGCUUUUGAGUAAUUCUUUCUUUCUGUAAAAUAUCCUGAGAUAUUUCGCUGAGGAACCUAUUUUGUUCUAGUUCAGUUUAAAAGGAAGGGAAUGAAUAUUUAAAACGCAUAGUGCCUUCAAUCUACAGCUCAAAUACACAUCCAGGGAAAUGAGUUGGGAAGACUAGUGUCAGUAUGUACAGUGCCCUCCAUAAUGUUUGGGACAAAGACCCAUCAUUUAUUUAUUUGCCUCUGUACUCCACAAUUUGAGAUUUGUAAUAGAAAAAAAAUCAUGUGGUUAAAGUCAGAUUUUAAUAAAGGCAAUUUUUAUACAUUUUGGUUUCAUCAUGUAGAAAUUACAGCAGUGUUUAUACAUGGCUUCACAGGUGUUUGUAAUUGCUCAGGUGAGUUUAAAUGCCUCCUUAAUGCAGGUAUACGAGAGCUCUCAGCACCUAGUCUUUCCAUCACAUUUGGAAACUUUUAUUGCUGUUUAUCAACACCAGGACAAAACUUGUGCCAAUGAAAGUCAAAUAAGCCAUUAUGAGAGAGAAACAAGAAUAAAACUGUUAGAGACAUCAGCCAAACCUUGUGUUUACCAAAAUCAACUAUUUGGAACAUCAUUAAGAAGAAAGAGCAUUGGUGAGCUUACUACUCCCAAAGAGACUGGCAGGCCAAGGAAGACCUUCAGCUGAUGACAGAAGAAUUCUAUAAUAAAGAAAAAUCCCCAAACACCUGUCCAACAGAUCAGAAACACUCUUCAGGAGUCGGGUGUGGAUUUGUCAAUGACCACGGUCCGCAGAGGCUACACUGCAAGAUGCAAACCACUGGUUAGCCACAAAAAUAAGAUGGCCAGGUUACAGUUUGCCAAGAAGUACUUAAAAGAGCAACCACGGUUCUGGAAAAAGGUCUUGUGGACAGAUGACGCAAAGAUUAACAUAUCAGAGUGAUGGCAAGAGCAAAGUAUGGAGCAGAAAAGAAACUGCCCAAGAUCCAAAGCAUACCACUUCAUCUGUGAAACACGGUGGUGGGGGUGUUAUGGCCUGGGUAUGUAUGGCUGCUGAAGGUACUGGCUCCCUUAUCUUCGUUGAUGAUACGAUUGCUGAUAGUAGUAGCAUAAUGAAUUCUGAUGUGUAUAUACACAUCCAAUCUGCUCAAGUUCAAACAAAUGCCUCAAAACUCAUUGGCUGGCAGUUCAUUCUACAGCAAUACAACAUAGAAACAUAGAACAACGAUCCCAAACGUACUGCUAAAGCAACAAAGAAGUUUUUUAAUGCUAAAAAAUUGUCAAUUCUUGAGUGGCCAAGUCAAUCACCCAAUCUGAACCCAAUUGAGCAUCCUUUUAUAUGCUGAAGAGAAAACUGAAAGGGACUAGCCCUCAAAACAAUCAUAGGCUAAAGAUGGCUGCAAUACAGGCCUGGCAGAGCAUCACCAGAGAAGACACCCAGCAACUGGUGAUGUCCAUGAAUUGCAGACUUCAUGCAGUCUUUGCAUGCAAAAGAUAUACAACAAAAUACUAAACAUGACUACUUUCAUUUACAUGACAUUGCGGUGUCCGAAACAUUAUGGUGCCCUGAAAUGGGGGAACUAUGUAUAAACACAGCUGUAAUUUCUACAUGGUGAAAACAAAAUGUAUAAAAGUACCCUUUAAUAAAAUCUGACAGUGCACUUUAACGACAAGUGAUUUUUUUUUCCCCAUUACGAAUCUCAAAUUGUGGAGUACAGAGGCAAAUAAAUAAAUUUUGGGUCCUUGUCCCAAACAUUAUGGAGGACACUAUCUCUGGGGUAUGGGUUCCAUGGAUAAUUUGCAGCAUUAAGAUUAUGUUUAGCUUGAAGAUACAGCAUGUUAAAAGGCCAUUUGGCCCACCGAGUCAAAGCUGACCAUCUUGUCAGCUCGACCACCUGGUCACACCAACUCUAUGUUAUCCCACUUCCUCCUCCACUUCAUACAUACUAUGGGCAAUUUAUAGAGACCAAACUCACAAACCUACAUGCCUUUGGGAUGUGGGAGGAAACCGGAGCACCCAGAGGAAACCCACAUGGUCACGAGGAGAAUGUGCAAACUCCACAGACCAAAGGUCCAGAAUCCAACCUGGGUAUCUAGCACUGAGAGGCAGCAGCUCUACUGUUGCGCCACUGUUUGUGCCAAGUAUAGUGAAAUGGGUGUCAGCAAGUGGAGUAAUCACAAAGGUUACAAAGCCAGGGAAAAUUGUGGCCAGUGACAGUUGUAGGGAGGAAACAGAUGGUACUCUUUGAGGAAGGAACUGCAAAUGCUGGUUUAAACUGAAGAUAGACACAACAAGCUGGAGUAAAUCAACGGGACAGGCAGCAUCUCUAGAGAGAAGGAAUGGUGACGUUUUGGGUAGAGACCCUUCUUGCGACCCUGAAGAAAGGUCGCAACCCCAAAACAUCACCCUUUUCCUUCUCUCCAGAGUUGCUGCCUGUAACAAAGGCUGUGUUGCUUUCCCACUGCUAGGGUUAAGGACGUCUAUUCUGGGAUUGAAAAGAACAUGAGUGGGAAGGGGAGGGUCUGUGGUUGUGCUCCAUGUGGGCAUGAAAGGAUGUUUAAAUCAAAAAAUAGUGGUGGUACUGAAUGAUGAGAAAGAGAAAAUGAUGAGGGAAAAUUAUAGCAUGAGGAAGAGACAGAUAAUGUAAAGUGAACAGGAAGUGGAUGAGUAAUUGGGAAACAUUUUUUUAAGUCGAAGCUUGAGAGUCUUUAUCUGAAUUUGCACUGCAUUUGUAGCAAGACAGAAGAGUUUAGUAGAAACAAAGAACUGCAGAUGCUGGUUUGUACCAAAGAUAGACAUAAAUAUUUUCCGACAAUUCUUGAUUAGUGAUUAUGGAGAUGAAUGGGGU